AUGACGCCCCCGAAACAAAAGACGACGAAACAAACGAAGUUGAAGAUACUGUAUCGUCGGCGGACGAACAUUAUUGGUUCCGCGAAUUUCAUCAAAACUUUUGACGAUGAUUUUGAUUCGUCAAAAAUGGCUCAAGUGUCCAUUCGCAUUCAACGUCUUGAUGCGUUAUGGCGAGAGUUUGAAGAAACUCAAGAUGAAAUUGAGCUUCUUGAAGAUGAAGAAGAUGAUUUCACUCAAGAGAGGCAAGAUUUUCAAGCCCUUUAUUAUGAGUUGAAGGCAUCGCUGCAGAGCAAAAUUCCUGUGCAACCACCCGUACCACCCCCUACUCCUGUAUCAACAUCGUCUGCUGUUCAAAUAUCUUCGAAUGUUCGCCUGCCGGAAAUAAAAUUGAAAGAAUUCUCUGGGAAUCUUGAUGACUGGAUUUCUUUUCGUGAUCUGUACGUUUCGCUUAUCCAUUCGAGCAUGCAACUUACGGCGGUGCAGAAAAUGCAUUACUUGCGAGCUACACUUUCUGGCGAAGCAGCUCGUAUCAUUUCAUCUCUCGAGAUUUCAGCCAACAAUUAUCUCGUAGCGUGGAAAUUAUUGAAGGAUCGUUUCGAAAACCCUAAUUUGUUAGUGAAGCGACAUGUUUCUGGCCUUCUUACGAUUCCGUCGUUGAGAAAGGAGUCUGCGCAGGGACUUGCAGACCUUGCUGACGAUCAAGGUCUGCAAGUCCCUGCGUUCACGUUCAGAUUUGAACGACUGAGCCAGUGUCUUGACGCCGUUUCACUCCGUGAGUGGGAGACACGGGUUUCAGAAAGUGAUAGAUACCCCAAAUAUGAAGAACUUUUGGAAUUCAUCCAUAGAAGAUCGCGAAUUGUGCAAACUCUCUCCCAAUCGACAAACACCCAAUCUCACGUAGAAUUGAAGACGAAGUCUCGCUUCACCGCCGCCCACGUUACUUCUGAGAAUGUUAAGAAGUGCCCUAACUGCAAACAAGCGCAUUUCUUGUUUCAGUGCGAAUCUUUCAGAAAAAUUUCACCGCAACAAAGAUUUGAAUUUGUGAAGAAGCACGGGCUUUGCAUUAACUGCCUCAAGGGCGCACACCUCGCUAAGGAUUGUUCCAGCGGAUCGUGCAGAAAUUGUUCCAGAAAGCACCACUCCUUGUUGCAUUUACCACCGAUUUCUUCGUCAUCGACGCCGGUGUUACGUGCAGAAACAACCAACCCUUCAACACCUGCGUUGGUUGUACAAUCUGCUGAAACAAUCGACGUGUCGCGAUGCGCCUCAAACGCUGUCGUUUAUCCGUCGUCGGUUGAAAACGUUGCUUCACCACUCGCGAAAGCGUUCCGUACAAACGCACAAUCGUUCUCGGUCGGUAUAACCCUUUCCACUCCGCCGGUUAAUGUCUUAGUCGAUGAUGAUUCACCUCCCAUUUCUUCCUGUCAAAGUGCUGAAGUGAAUGAAAUCUGUAGUCGUGGCACUGUUAUGCUGUCAACUGCGUUAAUAAAAGUUAGAGAUGCUGACGAUAAAUAUCACCUCGCCAGAGCCCUACUAGAUAGCGGCUCGCAGCCAAGCUUCAUCACCGAGUCACUCUGCCAGAAGCUUCGUCUAAAGCGCACCAAGGUCAACGUGCCGAUCAGUGGGAUCGGCCAAUCAACAGUGAACGUCCACUAUAGAGUCACGUUGUCACUCACCCCACGUUACGGAGAUCAUCACUUCAGCCUAGAUUGCCUCGUCCUGCCGAAGUUGACCAUGUCACUACCCAAUCAACACAUCAACAUUACGCGAUGGAAGAUUCCGCGUAACUUACCCCUGGCUGAUCCCAAGUUCAACAUCAGUCAAGGUGUUGAUAUAAUUAUCGGAGCUGAGCUGUUUUUCUCGCUCAUAGAAAAUCAGCAAGUCUUCCUAGCCUCUGGGUAUCCUUCUGCUUCUGCAGAAGACGAUCCACAGGCCAUCCAAACCAGCCAUAUAUGCAUCGACGAUUCACUCGAUCAGCAGCUCGAACGCUUCUGGGAAAUCGAAAACUUCGAUGUCGGGAAGACCUACACCCACGAAGAGCAGCUCUGCGAAGACCAUUUCCAACAAACCGUUGGUCGCGACCAAGAUGGAAGAUAUGUAGUCCGUCUUCCGCUGCGGGAAGCGAUGCUUCCGUUGAUUGGAGAUUCCUACCCAGUUGCACUUCGUCGAUUUCAAUCCAUGGAAAAGAAGUUUAUGGCCGAUGAAGCUCUUCGAAAAGCAUAUCAAAGUUUUAUGAUGGAGUAUGAAGCACUUGGUCAUAUGGAGGUGAAUCCUUGCGCGUCGCGUGGCCCACAGUUCUUCCUGCCUCACCAUGCCAUCCACCGUCCUGAAAGCUCCACCACGAAAACACGAGUAGUGUUUGAUGGAUCCUGUCGAUGUUCCAGCUUGUCGCUCAACGAAGCUCUUUUUGUUGGUCCCACUGUACAACCAGCUCUGUACUCCACAGUUGUAAACUUCCGUAUGCCUCGCUACAUAGUUACCGCUGACGUUGCGAAAAUGUUCCGGCAGAUAUGGAUCCAUCCGGAUGAUCGAAGGUACCAGCAAAUUUUGUGGAGGUACAAUCCAUCAGAACCGAUACGAACAUACCAGCUAAAGACCGUUACAUACGGCCUCGCCAGCUCCCCGUUUCACGCUGCUCGGGUGCUCAAUCAGUUGACCAUUGACGAAGAAGGACGUUAUCCGUUAGCAGCUCAAGUCAUUCGCAACGGGACAUACGUGGACGAUGUACUCACAGGCCAUGAUAAUCGCGAUACACUUGCCGAAACAUGUAACCAGCUAAUGAAGUUGCUUGAACGCGCUGGGUUCGUGCUGAGGAAGUGGGCAACAAACGACAUCGCUGUCCUGUCUACCGUUCCCCGUGAACUAUGGGAAACAUCGCUUGAAUUCGAACUGGAUCGAUCGCCUACCGUGAAGACAUUGGGGCUUCUCUGGUCCUCAGAAACGGACACAUUUAAAUUUAAAAUUCCAGUCCUGUCGCAACUGGAUGUCGCUACCAAACGCAUCAUCGUGUCUGAAAUGUCCCAAUUAUUCGAUCCUCUUGGCCUGUUGGGACCCGUGGUGAUAAAAGCGAAGAUGUUUGUCCAAGUACUCUGGGCAGAACACAUACCGUGGGACCAAGAACUGUCCGAAGAGUAUACCAAAUGGUGGAAAUCGUACCGUGCGGAACUCAGUCUACUCCAGUCACUCUCCGUACCACGCAGAACAGUGUUGAAUCACCAGUACAGUCUGCACUGCUUCUGCGAUGCUUCGAAAUUAGCCUAUGGCUGUUGCAUUUACGUCGUUUCUUCUGAUGACUUCGGACAGCUUCAAUGCCGCUUGCUGACAGCCAAAUCUCGCGUUGCUCCACUGCGCGGUCAAACCAUCCCUCGGUUGGAACUCUGUGCUGCGUUGCUCGGCAGUCAACUUGUCGACAAUAUUCGUCAAACUACGAAGUUCGUCGAACCCCCAACAUUUUGGGUAGAUUCUAGCAUCGUGCUCCACUGGAUAAAGUCGAAGUCGAAUGCCUGGAAGGUUUUUGUCUCAAACCGUGUCGCUGAAAUACAGCGCCUCAACAAAGGCUGCAUAUGGAGACACGUUCCAACUGAAUUAAACCCCGCUGAUUGUGUUUCAAGAGGGAUGAUGGCUGGUCAGCUUUUGAAGGAUGAUUUGUGGUGGCAUGGUCCGAGUUUUCUCAAAGACCCCGUCGAUUGUUGGCCUGAGUGCGUGGUUUCGAUGCCCGAUGCUCAGGAAAUGAUGAAGGAAGCGCAGCAAGGGGUUGCGUUGCACAGUCGCGUGGUUGAAUCUUCCAUCUUCGAACAGUUUUCCGACCUUGAGGAGUACGAACACGCACUCAAAGCUCUCGUUCGCCAAGCUCAACGAGAGGUAUUUCUUACUGAGUUCCGUCUAUUCGAAAAGAACCAACAGACAACAGAACCUAGAAUCGCGCAUAAAUCACCACUGAAAAACUUGAAUUUGUUCCUGGAUCAGUUUGGAUUGCUCAGAAUCUGCGACACUCGCUGCGACACUCGCUUCCCGAUACUGUUGCAUGCUAAACACAGACUCAGUUGGUUGAUUGCCCGAUCGAUUCACGUCCGCACACUUCAUGCCGGACCUUCUCUGCUGUUCGCUACCAUACGGCAGCGCUUCUGGCCACUCCGGGGUCGUCAACUCGCACGAAAGGUGGUUCGCCAAUGUGUGACCUGUUUCCGAUGUCAGCCACAGCCAACUCAGCAGAUUAUGGCACCUCUUCCGUCUGUUCGAGUUACACCUGCUAGAAUAUUUGAGUUCUCAGGAAUGGAUUACUGUGGGCCGUUCCUCGUUCGUCCGUUAAGUGGAAAGGGUGCGUCGGUUAAAAUGUACGUCGGUCUUUUCGUGUGUUUAGUGGUGAAGGCAGUGCAUUUCGAGAUCAUCGCUGAUCUUUCAUCGGCCGCGUGCAUCAACGCCGUCAAGCGAUUCGUCGCGCGUCGCGGUCGUGUGCGUGAACUGCAUUGCGAUAACGGUACCGCGUUUGUCGGGGUAGAUUGA